ACCUGAAAAGAAACAGGGGGACAAGUGAGCAUCUCUGGGCCUCAACACAGGCAGCCACAAAUCCUGCUUCCCCCCACCUCCAAUUCGUCAAGCUGUAGCCAAUUUAGAUAUGCUAUAAAUUUAAGAGGUUGCCAUGGCCACGGUGCGCCCAUUGGCCGCCGGGCCCCCUACGUGCUGCGCCACGUCACCAAAUCUGAAUAAGGAUGCGCGAAUUAGGCGGCGGCCAGACAAAGAUGAGGAUCGGGACCGCUUGAAAGUGGGGGAAAGUGCCGGCGCCUCCGCCACCGGGGAAAGCCGCUCGGCAGCGCCGAGGCCGGCAGCCACCCGAGACACCUGGGGGAGCCCGGAACAGGCGCCGGGGCGCGCGGCCCGUGGCAUGAGGUGGUGAACGCCACCACCCCGCACCCCACUCCGGGCAGCCCGGCUCCAGGCCAGCGUUCGCCCGAGGACUUGACCGGCUGAGUCUUGGCCCGGACUGGACUCGCCCGGCGGCUGCUGAGACCGGAGGCGAAGCGCAGCGGCGGGCCCGGAAGGCCCGAGGGCCGGGGGCCCAAAGGGAGGGCGAGGCGGCCCGAGCCGCCAGGGCGCGCGGCUAUGAUGGUGCACUGUGCCGGCUGCGAGCGGCCCAUUCUCGACCGCUUCCUGCUGAACGUGCUGGACCGCGCGUGGCACAUCAAAUGCGUUCAGUGCUGCGAGUGCAAAACCAACCUCUCGGAGAAGUGCUUCUCGCGCGAGGGCAAGCUCUACUGCAAAAAUGACUUCUUCAGGCGCUUCGGCACCAAGUGCGCUGGCUGUGCACAAGGCAUCUCGCCCAGCGACCUGGUGCGCAAGGCCCGGAGCAAAGUCUUCCACCUCAACUGUUUCACCUGCAUGGUGUGCAACAAGCAGCUGUCCACGGGCGAGGAGCUCUAUGUCAUCGACGAGAACAAGUUCGUGUGCAAAGACGACUACCUGAGCUCGUCCAGCCUCAAGGAGGGCAGCCUCAACUCAGUGUCAUCCUGUACGGACCGCAGUUUGUCCCCGGACCUCCAGGACCCGCUGCAGGACGACCCCAAGGAGACGGACAACUCGACCUCGUCGGACAAGGAGACGGCCAACAACGAGAACGAGGAGCAGAACUCGGGCACCAAGCGGCGCGGGCCGCGCACCACCAUCAAAGCCAAGCAGCUGGAGACGCUCAAGGCCGCCUUCGCCGCCACGCCCAAGCCCACGCGCCACAUCCGCGAGCAGCUGGCGCAGGAGACCGGCCUCAACAUGCGCGUCAUCCAGGUGUGGUUUCAGAACCGACGGUCCAAAGAACGCCGGAUGAAACAGCUGAGCGCUCUGGGCGCGCGGAGACACGCCUUCUUCCGGAGUCCCCGGCGCAUGCGUCCGCUGGGCGGCCGCUUGGACGAGUCUGAAAUGCUGGGGUCCACCCCAUACACCUACUACGGAGGUAAGGGUGGCCGUACUACACGCGCCGGGAGCAACUACGACUUCUUCGCGCACGGCCCGCCGUCGCAGGCGCAGUCCCCGGCCGACUCCGGCUUCCUGGCUGCCUCGGGGCCCGGCUCGACGCCGCUGGGCGCGCUGGAGCCGCCGCUGGCCGGGCCUCACGCGGGCGACAACCCCCGGUUCACCGACAUGAUCUCGCACCCGGACACGCCGAGCCCCGAGCCGGGCCUGCCGGGCGCGCUGCACCCCAUGCCCGGAGAGGUGUUCAGCGGCGGGCCCAGCCCGCCCUUCCCCAUGAGCGGCACCAGCGGCUACAGCGGACCCCUGUCGCACCCCAACCCCGAGCUCAACGAGGCCGCAGUGUGGUAAGGCCACCGCGCCGGCCGCCCCCACCCCGCGCGCGGCCCGGGGCGCCGCCGGCACCAAGCCUCCAGAAACCAAAACUCCCGGAGCGACGCGGACGCUGAGGACGUGGGUCUCCCUCGGGGGUUCUCUCUCGGGUCCGCACUCAACCAGCAGCUGCUUCUCGGCUGGGGGGAGGGCUGUGGGUGGGGGGGCCGACCCCAAUCUCCACCCCUCUGCGGGAGCCCCAGCCCACCGCCAGGGCUCUCUCGGGCCUUGAGCAAUGUCUUGGGACCAAAGUCAGCACUCCGGAGGGUCAGAGAUUUCAAGCACGCUCUUCCCGGUCCCGCAGCUCCCACCCACCCGCCCACCCCCUCUUUGGAGUAAGAGAGGGUGAGGUCAAGCGCGGAGACCAUGUGCCCCCCUCUGCAAUCCGAGUGGCAUUUUGUCAUCUUAUUUCUCGCUCUGCUUUCCCCGUCUUUAAAAAAAAACAAGGUGAUAAGCAAAAGAGAGAGAUGGACGGAGAGAGAGGGGAAAGGGAGCAAGAUGAGGAAGGGAGAGACGGGGAGAGCGAGGAGCGAGCCGCGCGCUUGCAGGGGUGUGUCCCGGGAGAAGACGACUCCACCUGCCCGCGGGCGCCCCCUGGCGGCCGGUCUUAAGGCUCAAGGUCAGCUUUUCUAGAAGCCGGGCAGUCAGGACCCCCCCACCCCCCAGCCCGGACCUGCUCCCCUCUUCCUGACUUUGACAUUUGUUUUGAGCCGAGGGUGCAGGCGGGACUCGAACACCCCACGUCCUGCUCUCCCCUGGGCGAGGCCCCAAGGUUGCUGGGCGGGCUCUGACGCCCCCCCACAGCCCACCCUCCCCGCCCGGGCCUGGAGGCUGGGCUGUCAGGAUGUACAAUAUUAUACUUUUUUGGAAGUUGAACGCUUCUAGUUUCCUUAUUUUGUAUAAAGAAGAAACAAAUAAAGUAUGUUUUUGUGUUUACUGUUUAUUUAUUGUACUCUAGUUAUCUGGGGUUGGACAUUUUUAUAUUUUUAAGAGGAGGGUGGGCAGAGUGAGGGGAGGGAGAAAGAGGU